UAUUUAAACUUUUAUACAAGUUUUAUUUUUCAAUUUUACAUUUUUAAAAGUUUCAUAAUUACAAAUAUACCUAUCCUUAUGCUUAUGUCAUGGUUUUCUCUCUUCUUACACUCCACCACUUCCAUAACUCCUCCUUUCUUUUUUUUUUCUUUUUUUCUUUUUUUUUAUUUUCUGUUUCUCUUUCCUUGGUUCUUCAUUACCACAACCCACGAUCAUCCCGUCCAAAGCCCUAACCCACGAUUUUUCAACCUCUCAUCUAUGUCACUAUCUCCAUUAUCUUCCAUAAGCUCUGUAAGUUGUUCCUCCCACAUAUUGUCUUCUCUUCUUCUAUAAAUGGCCACCACUAAGUCGGGUUCGAAGUUACCUUCCCCAGCUAAAAAAAUUUCUAAAAUUUCUAAGAAACCUCCUACAAAUUCAUCUAAAGUUGAUCCUAAGAUGAGUUUGAAGCGCAUUGCGAAGAAAGGAAUGAGUGAUGUUGCAGAGCCAUCUGGUUCUAAGAAAAGACCUAUUCCAAAUAAAAUUGAGUCUCGUAAGACAAAGAGAGCAAAAUCUUCGAAAUCUGCCAAGGAUGUUAUAUCUUAUUUUGAUUUUGAGGAUGAAGUGCAUGAUGGGGAAGUGAAGCCUAAAGUUAAAUCCAAGGUAUUGUUACCUUGAAUUUUCUCAUUAUCUUAAGUUUAAAAUUUUUAAUCACCCUUUGUUUUCUUUUUGUCAAUGUUUUACCUGUUUAUAAUGACGAUUUUAUGUUUUGUCUCUUUUUUUUUUUUUGUAUUUCUUUUAUGUCUUUUUUGUUGAUGUUGUUUUUGUAUUGUUCUUUAGUGUUUUUUGGUUUUUUUUUUUUGUGCUAUUAAACAGUUUAUAGCAUUAUUAGUUUUCCAGUAACUUAUGGCCUUGUUAUGAACAUUUGUUUAACUGUUUGUUUUCAGUUAUUUUUAGGUUGUUUAAUUUAAUUUCUUAGUUGACAAUUACUAUUUUAAUUUUAUUUUCUGCAUAUUGUUGUUAAUAUAUUGCUUUGAAGUUGCUCAUUUUUUAGGAUGAGCAUAUUGGAGUUGUUUUUUAAAUGUUAUAUUUUGGUUUUUUCCUGGUUGCUUAUUUUUUGUUUUGCAUUUUAGUUGUUACUUGCAAUGUAUUUAUUUAGUUGUUCAAAUUUGUUG